AUGUUCUGGCUCGUUACCAUUUUACUCAAAAUUACUUACUAAUAAAUACUGUUUUACUCUGCAUUUACUGACACAAACUUAACAAACUUAGACAGUAUUAAAUGAAUAACUAUAAGAUUGGUCAUUUAUUGCAGCUGAUGCACUUAAAGUAAUACAAUAGUGUGGUCCUUAUAGUAUAAUUGGAGGAUUCGAAACAUUUGCAUUUGGUUAAGCUGCUACUAAAUUCUUAUAAUUACCUCCUCAUUACAAAAUGAACAUUUCUGUCACUCUAUUUAUGUACUUUCAAUAUAUUAAUAAUAGAAUUGAUACUUGGGAUGGAAAUGAAUAUUUUCAAAUUUAUGUAGAUGAAAACCUAGAGUAUAAUUAAGCCUACUCUUUUUCAUAAGGACAGGACUAUAUUUGUGGUUAAAUAGGAAAUAAUCGAAAAGAUUCAAUUUUUAAUAUUUCAAUUGCAUUUCAACACACAGGAAUAACAUCAUUUAUUGAAUUGACAAGUACUUUAAAUCAAAUUCCUUUUGAUGUAUGGUAAUUCUAAAAUUAGGAAUCAUGGGGAUUUAGGAAUUUCAGACUUUUCCUUUUUUUAUGUCCAUCUGGCUGUCUAAUUUGUUCAGAAUCAAACUCAAAGGCUGAAUGUCAAACUUGGAUCAUUGUAGGUUCCUUUUAUACUGCAACGGAAUACAACUCCUUCUCAACUGAUGGAUGGACCAUUUUGAACGGGGAUUUAAAUAAAUAAUAAUGUUCUUGUAAAAUUAUCUCUAAUUAUAGAAAUACCAUCUAUAUGUGGUUAUGGUGCUUGUGGAAAAGACACAAAGUUAACUUAUACUUUUAUCUCCUUACCUUUUCAUUCAUAAAUGAAAAUUAAAUUCAAAUAUCUCAAAAUAGGUAGUUGGGAAAGUAGUGAUUAUGCAAUUUUAUAAGUGAACCAAAAUAUCAAAUGGAAAAGAAGCUUAUCAGAAUUGAACUAAUAUUUGUAUGUGGUGUGCGGAACGUCAUCCUAAGACAUUUUUAUUAAUGUCGAACUUACCUUUCCCCAUUAUUUAACAUCUACCACAAUAACGAUUUCAAAUAUGCUUGAUUAAUCCAGCACUGAUGAAUCAUUCGGAGUUAGGGACAUUGAAAUAUUUGUUUGUAGAAUUUUAAUUUAAUUUAUAGAAAAUUCAAUGUGUGGAGAUACAAUUAUUCAAGAAUAUGAAGAGUGUGAUGAUGGCAAUUUAUAUCCAUUUGAUGGAUGCUUUAAUUGUGUUUACUCUUGUGUAGAUGGCUGCUCUUUAUGUAAUAAGGGAACUUGUUUAGGUUGCUAUUCUGGAUGGAUAUAUUAAAAAUUUACUUAAACAUGUUAAAGAGUUUCUUAGAUAACUAUGUAAAGUUAGAAUAUGCCUAUUGCUUAAAAUGAACCUAUCUGCUUUGAUUUUAUAGAAGGUUGUUAAGAAUGUUUUUAGGGAAGUUGUAUUUUAUGUCAGAAUGGAUUUAAAUUGAAAUUAGCAUCAAACUCUUGCAUACCAACUUGUGGAGAUAAUUUGAUAACAAUAAAUGAGGAAUGUGAUGGAUAUAAUUGCAUUUAGUGUGGAUUUGAAUGUCCUGGCUUUUGUAAUGAAUGUUAUUUUGGAAUUUGUUAGGUAUAUUAAAAAUAAAUAGUUAGGUAUGCUAAUAAGAUUAUUUUUUAUAAAAUAACCAAUGCAUAUAAAAAUAAAGAGUAAGUAUAUGUCAACCUUAAUGUGAAAUUUGCAUUGAGAGUGUUUGUUAUAAAUGCUAAUAAGGACAAUAUCUGGUGUUGGGACAAUGUCAAGAGAUUUGUGGUGACAACAGAGAAGCAAUCUAUUCGCUUGAAGAGUGUGCUUGCAAUUCUUAUUGUGUUGAUUGUAAAUUUGGUAAUUGUUAUCAAUGUAGAGAAUCUUAUGAUUUAAUAAGAAACACUUGUGUUAGUAAAUGUGGAGAUUUAAUUGUAUCGGAUGAUGAGGAAUGUGAUGAUGGGAAUGAAAUUGAAUUUGAUGGUUGUUACAAUUGCCAAUUUUCAUGUUCUUAAAAUUGUUAGAGUUGUUAACAAGGAUUUUGUCUCGAUUCUUGUUAAUUAGGGUAUUACUUAAUUAAUAAUGUUUGUUCUUCAAUAUGUGGAGAUUUAAUUAUAGUAGGAGAAGAAUAAUGUGAAGAUAAUAAUAAUGAGAACAAUGAUGGUUGUUAUCAAUGUAAAUACACUUGUCCUCUGAAUUGUAAAGAUUGUUUAAAUGGACAAUGUUUAUUUUGUAAUUCUGGAUUCUUAUUAUUCAAUAAUAAUUGUACAAAUAUUUGUGGUGAUGGUGUUCUAUCAAAUUUAGAAGAGUGUGAUGAUGGUAAUUAAAAUGAUGGAGAUGGUUGCUCUAAAAAUUGUUUAACAGAAGUCAAUUGGAUUUGUCAUUUAGAUUCUGAUUGUACAUAUGUUUAGUAUCCAAUUAUAAUUUCUGAAUAUUUAAUGUAGAAGAAUGAAAAUUAAUACGUUAAAAUCACAUUUUCAUAACCUGUUUUACAAUAAUCAAAUUUAAAUUAUUUGUAAACAAUCAAACCAUCAAUUGUUGAUUUGAAUGAAACUUUAUUUAAUAUUACAAUUUAAGAAGUUUAACCAGCUCUAUUCUAAUAAACAUCAAGUGUUGAGUAUGUUUUAUAGAUUGAAAUACUCUAAAAUCUAGAUUACAAUCCAAUCCUAGAAAUUAAAUUAACUGAAUAAUUAUACAACAAUGAUCAAGCUCCUUUAGUAAAUAUGAUUCAUUACAUUCAAAUUAAAUAACCAAAUUACAUCACACCGCAAUAGGUAAAUAUUGCAAGUGCAUUCUAAAAAAUUAAUGAAGUUUCUGUUAAAUCAUUAUAUCUCAUCACUAUUUUACUUAUGCUUUUAGGUAAUGCUAUCUCCUUUUGGGGUAUAUUAGAUGCCCUUUAAGAAUAAUCUUAUCUCAAAUACAUUAAUGUUUUAUAUCCAUAAACAUUAAUAAUCUAUUUUUAAUCAUCUCAAGUAGUAUCAGUUUAAUCAGCUUUAGAUACUAUUGCGCUUUAUAAAAACGAAGGUAAGCUACUUAAAUAUCCUUUUCUAUAAUCUUAUUAAAAAUUUGAGUUCUAUCAAGUUAAUGCUGAUAUUGCUGAAGGUUUAAGAGCUGAAAUCCUCAUCUUUGCCUCCUUAUAUGCUGCUUAUCUAAGUACACUUAUUGGAGUUUAGAUACUCUCUAGACUUGAACUUUUCUAAUUUUUAUAAAAAUGGCCAAAUUUCGUAAGAUUGCUUCAAAAAAUUAAAAAAAAAGUAAAUACGAAAUAAAAAGAAGCAAAAAAUAGUUCCUUAAUUAAUACUUUACGUGCUUGUACAUGGGAUUUAAUUUUUAUGGCUCUAUUAGAAUUAUAAGCUUCUCGCGAUUUCGUAUCUCCUAGAUCAAUUGUUUGUAAAAUAAUUGCUGUUUCAAUUUUAAUUACAACACUUAUUUUACUUCUAAGAUAAGUCUCAGGAUUGUAAACAUGGAAAAAAUUAAAUUUCGAUUAAUUUUGGCAUUAAAAAAGAGAUAUAUUUUAGGUUACUAAAAAAUUUUUGAUUCUCUACAUUCUUGUAUUCUAUUAAAGUGAAUAAGAACUUUAAACAUUGAUUCUAACUAUGAUUCAUGCUUUCUAUUUGAUAUAUAUAAUCUAAUUUAAAUAACUAGACUUAGAUAAUCUAGAAUAUGUAAAAUCAGUUAUAAUGCAAACUUCAUUAACAAUUUUUACUGCAUCAACAUUAGUAAAUUGGAAUAUUAUUUCUAAUUACCUUUCAUAUAAUCAGAAAAUUAUUAUUUCCUGGAUUUAAAUGACAAUAUUGGUUAGUGUCUUAUUCAUUUUUGUUUUAAUUGAGUUUUAAAACAUUUAUAAAAUAAUGAAGGAGAAAAUCUAGACAUAUCAAAAAAACAGAAAUAAAACAUUAAAUGAAUAGAUUGAUCCAAAUAAGACUUAAAUUUAAGUAAAAAUUGUGGAUCAAAAUUAGGAAGUGAAAAAUUAAAAAAUUACAGAUAAUUUAAAUAGAACCAUAUUUACAAGAUCAAAGUACCAGAGCAAAGUUACAUCAAAAAAAAUUUGA